AUGGAGAACGGUUCAAGUUCCUAGUUGUAGAAGUUCCAGGAACAUGGACUUUAUUAAUUUAUACUCAAUAGGAACAGAGUCAAAGCCAAAAUCGUAAAAACAUAAUAAUAAAUUACACCUUUAAAGUAAAAGCGUCCUUCGACUGCAUUAGUAGAAUCUUAAGGGAAGUAGAAAUUGCAUAUGAGUUUGGGGUUGUAAUUGGAAAGCUUCAGCACUAUUUAACCGAAACAGUAAAUUUUCGAAGAACACAAUAAAAAUAACUCAUUGCAUCAGGCAAUAUUUAAUCCCAAUCAAAAACCAUACGCAAAUGAUCAGAAGAUCAUGAGGGCCAUGUCGACAUUGAGUAAAAUCAAAAAUUAACGGGCUUUUCGGCCUUGUCCAUUUACUAUGGGGUUUAAUAUUGAGUAAUGUGCAAUAAAACCAAAAUCAAUCAAGGAGAGAUCAAUUAGUCAAUUACAACAAAUAAAAAGUUUAAAUAGAACAGAUGUCAUAAAAUAUAAAAGAUUUGAAUCCCCUUAGAUUCUCAUAAAAGCUAAAUAAUAAGGGUAACUCACGAAAUGGGAGCAAUAUGAUGAUAGCAAUCUAUUUGAUCUAAAUUUCUUGAACAAUAAUCUCUUCAAGUACGAACUUUGA